GGGAGGUAGAAAUGGCGAGGCGACAUGAUGACUACAGAUUUCUUAAGAUAAGGGAUGUAAUUGGUGCUAUCAAUCAGAAAGUAAACCUGAUGGGGGUUGUGGUUGAGUUUAGUAUUCCCAAGCAGAGCAGAGGAACUGAUUAUUUCUGCAAGCUAAAGAUAGUAGAUGAAUCAUGUCAAAGUUCUGGGAUUACAGUUAAUAUUUUUGCUGAAAACAUGGAGAAGCUGCCUCACAUUGAAUCCGAUGGAGAUAUAAUUCAGUUUUUUCACGUUGUGAUUAAAGCUCAUCAUGGGGAGGUGUAUGCUCUUUUCAACAAAAAGUUCUCUUCAUUUGCUCUAUUUGAAGGGAAAUCGGGUAAAAACUUCAUCCCACAUCAAGUUUCUCCAAAAUACCACAGCAGAGAUGAUGAUAAAAAAUUCAUAGCCGGUUUAAGGACAUGGUUGCUCAAUUUUCAACAUGAUGCAGGAACAAGUAAAGCUUUUUCAUUGAGUGAGAUCAAGGAAGGACAUAACUUUGAUUUAGUUUGCAAGAUCCUUCAUGUCUGUGAAGUUUCAAAAGAUAACUGGAUGCUUUUUUUGUGGGAUGGUACUGAUACGCCUCCUCUAAGUAUCCAAACAAAGCUAGAAGAUGAAAUGGAGAAUCCGCUUCCUUUACAGUUGGAAUCUUUACCUUUGCCAAGGGAUGUUUUAUGUACAUUUCCUUCUAUUGGGACUAUCUUGAGGGUGCCUAUUGACCAAGAGAAAGAAAAGCUCGGCCUACACUUGAUAGGUAGUGGUAGGUGGAUGAAGUUUUCUAACAUAAUCAGCAAGGAGCAAUCAGGGCUAUGGCAGGGCAUGCUGUUGCCUUCUACCUGGCUGCAAUACUUGUCAAAUGAGGAUAACAUCGUAAUACACCGACAACGGUUUUCCGAUGAGCGGGCAUCAUCUAAAUGGGAGAAAAUGCCUUUGUCAAGCUUUCCUUGGCCUUCUCGUGUUACAGAGACUGAUCAUGAGCAUGUGCCAUUUGUUACAUUAAUGGAUGUCCUCACUUAUGCAGAGGUUACAGCCAAAUUUAAGUGUGUUGUUCGUGUGCUAGCAACAUAUCCCUGUAGAGUUGAGGAUUUCCGUAGCCCCCAUGGUGUAUAUAGGAUAAGGUUGACCUUGGAGGACCCUACUGCAAGGAUCCAUGCAUUUUUGUAUGCUGAGGAUGGGGAGACAUUUUUUGAUGGCUUCCCCUCUUUUGACGUACUGAAGAGGAAGCGAAAUAAAUUGCUUGGAAUAACUGAGAGAGACGAUGGGAAGGAAGUCGAGAUGGCUCUUAGAAAUCCUCCAUGGGUGCAGUGCUGCAUAAAAUCUUAUUACCUUGAUAAAAGAGACAUAUGGGGAAGUAGGCACUUCAGAAUAUUCGGCACCAGGAUAGUACUAAACUGAGUGGAUAUCAGUAGUUCAAUCUUAUAUUUUGAAAUGGAUUAUGAUCUUGCACCUAGGUUACACUUCUGUAUGUAAAA